UAGUCAAAAUCAACCCGAUUCGGAAUAAAAAUUGUGUAGCUGGUACUCAUCCACAAAUCAACCAAAUCGUCCGAACUAAUAAGAAUUUUGAAGUGCGGGUCCUUCUGUAUGCACCGAAGAAGCAAAGUUGUCCUAGGGUUUAUCACGCAACUGAAAAUUAAAUCUUUUCCUGUGAUAAACUGAAAUAUUUUUCUCUUUUCCAGAUACCGCAGCGCGCGGUCGUUCCAGAGCUGGCCUAUGCACCUACCAUAAGAUCCAUAAGAUGAUUUCAUCGAAAACUUUCUUGCUAGUUCUUUUUUUCGCCAUUAUAGCAAAAAAGAGCUCAGCAGAGGCUCGUUUCAAAUGUGAAAAUCGGUUUGACAAAUGUGAAUGUAAGAAGUUUCAGGAUUACGGAUUUAAAAUAAGAUGUCCGGUUGCUCAUCCUUAUUUCACUAUUAAAGUUGUACGUGAAAACAUUGCAAUUAUUUGUCAUAGAAGUCAGGAAUUUGACUAUAGCAUGUUUUCAGUAAUGAACAUAGCUGAUACACCUGACGUACACAUCCACGGAUGUCCUUUGCCAGAAAAUCAAACACUAGCCACAAUUUUGGAGAGAUUUAUCAUCGGACGAGUUCGCACCAUGAUCUACUGGGGAUAUACAAUGUUGAAUGCGCUAACUCCAGAAAUGUUAGACGGACGGCACAAUUCCAGCCGAAUACCAAAUAAUUUUUGGUUAAACUUCGACCAAAAUCGUCUUUAUCUGACAAAAGAUAUUUUCGUUGGUUUGGACCACCUCCAAUCCUUAGAGAUUGCAUUCAUUGAUUCACAAUACUUGGAGCCCGGCGUAUUUCGGAAUCAAAAACGAAUGGAACGUCUGACUCUGUCCGCAAGCAAACUCCAAAAUCUCACCAAGAACGCAUUCAUUGGAGCGUCAUCAGUAACAUAUCUUGAUCUGAGUCAGAACAAAUUUACAACACUGGAAUACGACGUAUUUCAGCUACUUCCGAAUUUAGAAGAGAUCAAUUUAAGCAAAAACAAUUUUUCAACACUGCCAGAGAAACUGUUCUUGAAAAACCAAAAACUGCAAAGUAUACGUCUGAAUGGAAAUAAACGGCGAAUGGAAUCGCUACCGUCCGAUUUCCUUGCAUAUCAUUCAAGGAUGGUUAACGUCAGUAUAUCGGCAUCGAUUGUUUCGGUUCCAGGAAGUAUGUUUGUUGGAUCAAGAAACAUCGAAUCGAUAUCGUUUGCGGAUAAUCAAUUGGAAUCUCUGCCAAGUGAAAUUUUUGCAAGUCAAAAUCAUUUGAUGGAUUUGGACCUAAAUCGAAAUAGGAUAACUAAGCUUCAUGACGAUGUAUUUAACAGCACAGUAUCCCUCACAUUGCUUUCUUUAUCACAUAACAAACUGGAAAAUAUAACAAGUUUACUAAUUUUCUGACUGAACUGACUUUGACAAUCCAUCUUAAC